AUGGCAGGGCCCGCGGGCGGCGGUGAGGGGCAGAUCGCGGGGCUGUACGACCUGGAGCGGACGCUGGGCAAGGGGCACUUCGCGGUGGUGAAGCUGGCACGCCACGUCUUCACCGGGCAGCAGGUGGCCGUCAAGGUGAUCGACAAGAGCAAGCUGGCCGGGGAGGCGGCGGGGCAGCUGCUGCAGGAGGUGCGCUGCAUGAAGCUGGUCCAGCACCCCAACGUGGUGCGGCUCUACGAGGUCAUCGACACCCACACCAAGCUCUACCUCAUCCUGGAGCUGGGUGACGGGGGGGACAUGUUCGACCACAUCAUGCGGCACGAGGGGGGCCUGGCGGAGCCACGGGCCAAGGACUACUUCGCCCAGAUUGUCCACGCCAUCUCCUACUGCCACAAGCUGCACGUGGUGCACCGGGACCUCAAGCCCGAGAACGUGGUCUUCUUCCGGGAGCAGGGGGUGGUCAAGCUCACCGACUUCGGCUUCAGCAACCGCUUCCAGCCUGGCAAGAUGCUCACCACCAGCUGCGGCUCACUGGCCUACUCGGCCCCCGAGAUCCUGCUGGGGGAGGAGUACGAUGCCCCUGCCGUCGACAUCUGGAGCCUGGGGGUCAUCCUCUACAUGCUGGUGUGUGGCUACCCCCCCUUCCAGGAGGCCAACGACAGCGAGACCCUCACCAUGAUCAUGGACUGCCGCUACACUGUGCCCCCCCAUGUGUCAGCUCAGUGUGCUAAUCUCAUCUCCAGGAUGCUGCAGCGGGACCCAAAGCAGCGAGCGUCGCUGGAGCAGAUCGAGGGCCACGCCUGGCUGCAGGGGGUGGAUCCAUCCCCCGCCAGCCGCUGCCUGCUGCCCCUCACCUCCCACAAGCGUGUGUCGGAGGAGGAGCACGAAAUCAUCCUGCAGGCCAUGACCUGCGGGAACAUCGCGGACCGGGACACCAUCCAGGAGGCGCUGGAGGCCGAUCGCUACAACCACAUCACGGCCACCUACUUCCUGCUGGCCGAGAGGAUGCUGCGGGAGAAGCAGGAGAAGCAGGGCCACCGCCUCAGCCUCGUCUACAACCUGGCCAAGGAGGUGCAGAGCAGGACCAACCUAUCGGACACGUUCGGCCCCGUGGGCAGUGCCAGCGGCCUCCUGCCCUUCAAAGAGGCUCCAGGUGGCCUCGCGACAGGCUCCCGCCUGCCCCCUCUGCCCGCUGGAGUGGACGAUGGCGGCCGGCAGCCCCCCCGGACCCUGCUUAAGGUACCUGCUGUUGACACCACCAUCACCAAGAGCACCCCGGCCCUGCAGCAGAUCUGCGAGGAGGAAGAGGAGGAGGAGGAUGAGGAGGAAGGGCGGCCCAGCGCCAUGGAGAGGAAGAGCAGCUCCCUGAACCAGGAGCAGAUGAGAGCCUUCCUGUGCUCCCGCCCCCUGCCUGCCCGCGGGGACGGGUGGGGGCCAGGGGCCGAGCUGGGGGCCCAGGAUGGGCGCCCAGGGGCUGCCUGGGCUGGCAAGGCAGUGAGUGGGGGCUGGGGUCCCACGGCGCUGCGGAGGAACGGAGCAGAGUCCCCAAGGAAGGAGGAGGAGGACACAGAGCCUGAGGGCUCCUCAGCACAGCCCCCCAGGGAGAGAGGAGCCAUCCCAGCACCCCCAAGCACCUCUGCUGGGGUCUCCCAAGUGCUGGGGGCAGAGACGAGCCCCGCAGACAAGUGCCCAGGGCGGGGGGCAGCCACCAGCCCGGGCUGCCGGUCAGGGGGGAGCUUGGGGGGCACCGAGGGGAGCGUGGAGAACGUGAUCAAGCUGGACCCUGGCAAGGCCAAGGGGAGCAGCCUGCGGGACAGGCUCCUGCAGUUCCCUCUCUGCGAGAAGGCUUUAGCCUUCCGAAUGCGGCCGGGCUCCAAGGAGAGCCUCCUCUCCCUGGGGCAGUUCAACUGCUGCCACGUCAUCUAACCCCGGGCAGGGGGCCCUGC